AUGUUCGAAUCUGUCAAUUUGGAUGAAAAUUCUCCAGAGGAUAGAGAACUGGCUAAGGUUUUGUCCCCACCGGGUAGUUAUCUUUCUCCAGCUUCACUAGACAGUGGUUCAUCGUUCACAAAUAGUGGGACUUCAACUAGUUGCUUUGAACCAAAAAACAAUCUACCCUCCUUAUCGUUUUUAAAUGCUAGAGCGGGAUCUUUAGGUGGCAUUUUUAAUCAUAAACAGAUGACCUCGCCGUCAAAUUCGAAUAUAGGAGGCGAAAAUGUAGAAUCGACCACAAGUAGUAAUGACGGCAGUAAUGAAAAUGCAGGUCAUCCCACUACUUCAGAGCAAGAUCAAAAUGCAGAUCACCCCACUAUUUCACAGGCAGAUGAUAAUGGACACUCAUCGUUGACCCCUAAUCCUGCUGUAACUUCAACUGUUACGGAUAAGAAGGGAAAUACAGUAAAACGGAAGUACUCCAGAAAUGGGUGCUCCGAGUGUAAGAGACGAAGAAUGAAAUGUGAUGAAACUAAACCGACUUGUUGGCAGUGCGCAAGAUUGAAUCGUCAGUGCGUUUACGUUUUAAACCCAAAAAAUAAGAAAAGAAGAACCUCAAAUGCUCAAAGAGUAAAAGAAUUUAGGAAGCACAGUACUAGCCUCGAUAAUGAUCAUAAUAAUGCUCGCAAGCGUCAGCAUUCGUCAUGCAAGGCUGAGAAGAAGAAAAAAGUACGACAAAAUUUAAGUGAAGACACCACGGACCCUAAACCGAUUACAGAUAACGGCAAGAAUGUACCUUUGGAUGAAAUAGAAUCCCUAGAGAUUCCAAAUUUGGACCUUACCACCACAAUGAAUGGAUAUGACGUUAAUUUACUAAUGCAGAACUUGAAUGAUAUGGUUAAUAUGAAACUUCAUGACUCUUACUUAUUGAAUGAAGAACUGAAAGGAUUAGAUUUGCCCGAUUUGGACAUACCUGAACUUUUGCCCGCUUCGAAUGUGAACAGUAGCGUACCAAUAUCCUUUCUGGUGAAUAAUGUAAUAACUUUCAACACAAAACUAAGCUCGUUCAAACUAGGUGGAAUCCACGAUAAGUAUCUAAAGAUAUUUUACUACGAUUGCUUAGAUUCUAUUGCGCCCUUUUUCCAAAAUCAAGGGAACCCGUUAAGAGAUAUCUUACUUUCAUUUGCGAAAAACGAGGCCUAUCUUUUAUCUUCCAUAUUAGCUACGGGAGCAUCUAUAGCAUAUAGAAAGUCUAAUAACUUGGAAGAUGAACGAAACUAUUGUGCUUAUUUGUCACAUUGCCUGAGCCUGUUGGGUGAACAAUUCAAGAAUGAGUCAAACGUUUUAAAUAGGAUAGAGCCUAUCAUCCUGACGGUCAUCAUGCUUGCAUGGGAUUGUAUUUAUUCAAUGAAUUCUCAAUGGAGGUCUCACUUAAAAGGUGUAACUGACCUUUUUAAAAAAAUCAAUGCCGGGAAUUCCUCCAAAGUACUUAACGUUGCAAAAUGUUGGUUUAAAGUUAUGGAAACAUUCGCCAGUAUAAGUACGGUAUUUGGCGGAUCUUUAAUUGAUAAUAAUGACCUUGAUGCAAUUUUUGAUCCAUAUGAUUACCAAUAUGUUGACUCGUUAAAAUUUUUAAAUAUUAUGACUCCACUAAAUGAGUUUAAUCUUUUAAGAGGACAUAAAGAAGAUUUCGAUCUUGUUAUUAAAGAAGUUUUCAAAUCACUCAAUACAAUUAGGUCAACUGAAAAAAAUUACUUUUCUAAAGAAGAAGGUUUGUUCACUAAGAAAUUAGACUAUCUGCUUUUAUCAUCCCAAACUUCGUCCGAAAAGUCCAAAGACCAGAUAUCAUAUUUCAAUACGCAGAAAAUUCUAGUGGAAAUUGACAAGCAAUUAGAUUACGAAUUUAUUGACAAAUCUGGAAUUAUACCCUCAGACAAUCAGUCACACCCUAGAAUUAGUAAUAUUCAUGAUAAUGCCAUCGAUAUGGUGACAUUAAAGAACGGUGAAGAAGUUGCCAUCAGCUGGUAUGAUAUUUCUCAUCAGACACAAGUUUUAUCUUUCUUAUUAAUUGUAUUAUUAAAACUUUUAGGUAUGCCAAAAGAGUCAAGUACCAUUCAACAAGUGGUCAAGAAAAUCAUGUCUUUCUUCAAAUUCUUAGACAGUGACUCGCCGCCACAAAAUUCAAGGACUUGUUAUAGUAAUUUUGCUGUAUUGAUUGCAGGUUUGAAUGCAAUGGACGAGGAAACAAGAGCGAUUGUUAAAAGAUAUUAUAAAAUCAAUGGUGGAAAAUUUCAAAAGCUCACAGAACAUAAUCUUAACAGACUGGAAAAGGUCUGGUAUGGUAAAAAUCAAAAUUACAGGUUAGAAGAACAAGACGUUUUAACAUGGUAG